CUGACAAAGUGUGUACAUUGUGCUUAUUAUUCACCACUUGCCUGCUAUAGAGAUGAGUGGGUCUAGAUUUAGCUCUACUGCAGGAGGUGCUUCUGCUAAAACUUUCCAUCAUGAUAUCAAAACACAGAGUGGUCUCACUGGUCUUUACAACCAACAAGUCACAAAGGUGGAACAUGUAACAAGGCCAAUGGGCAGUUCUGCUGGAAUGAAUGUUCCCAUUGUUCAUCAUCAAGGUGCAGUGGUGACAACUGAACGUGGAGACAGGUAUUUGGUCCACAAAGGAAGUGGUUAUGGUAAGUCAGGUGGUGAAACAGUUGUUGUUGAUGCAAGGCACAUGUCUGACAAAUGGUCCACAAAAGAGACAAGGAAAGUAGAAGGUCAUACCGUUAGUGAUUUUGUCAAAACGUCUGGUCCAGAUUACAGUAUAUGGAAAGGGGAUCAUUGCAUUACAAGUGCUAACAAGAUGACCAACCUUGGAACAAAGCCAUGAUUUACAUUGUAAACACCUAUAUAUAACUAGAUAUAAAUCAACUAAUAUUGCUGCUAUUAUUUUUAGUAGACUAGACUGUGUAUAACAAGUUGUAUAGUCUAAUAGGAGCUCUGUAGUUUUCACUAGUAUUUAGAUUUAUAAUAAUUAUUAGCAAUAUAGAGUUAUAAACUAUGUCUACUUGUUCACUUGUUUAUUUUUGAUGCAAUUGUUACUGGCUGAUUAAUUCCAAGAAGGUCAAAAACGUGAA